UCCUUCCCUUCUCUCCUCCUUGUUCCAGAACCUUCUGUGUGUCCUCAGAAAUCCUCAGCAGGUUUUUAUUUAGAUUAACUUUUAGAUUAACAGUGUUUGAUCUCGUAAAACCAGAGACAGGUUCUCGGGAUCAAAACAUCGCCCGUGAAAACAAUCAGACUGAUCCACAGAGUGCCUGUUGCACCAAUUUAAGAGCUGGCAGGGCGGCUGAAGCGCUUUCUGCGUGCACACAGAACAUGUGGAACAUCACCCACGCGGCCUUUACGGCUAUGCUGUGGAACAUGAUCUGCGUGAUUGUCGCCUCAGCCCACGAAGACCACAAAAACAUCACAACUGAAUCUGGACAGAACAUCACUCUACCAUGUCGAGCUUCAAACAUGUCCUUCAUAGCCAUAGAGUGGAGCAGAUUUGACUUAAAGCCAGAAUAUGUACUUUUAAGCCGUGACGGGCACUUUGACCCACACAACCAGCAUUUAUCUUUUGAGAAUCGAGUUGAUCUGCAGGACAGAAAGAUGAAGGAUGGAGACGUGUCUUUGAUUCUGAAGAAUGUGACGACUGAUGACACUGGAACAUACGAGUGUCAUGUCUUCAUGGAAGAAACACGCUCAUGGAAAUCCAUCAGCAUCAUCUACCUGAGUGUUGAUCCUCCAGGUCCGCCAGUAGAGAAUCGACCUGUGGGACUGAUCAUUGGAGUCAUCGUUGGUCUGUCAGCUGUGGUGAUUUUUGUGGCCUGUCUCAUCUAUAAAAAUCCCGAAAAAAGACAAAACAUAUUUCUUGUUCCAUCUUGUCACGAACGGAUACGACAUUGUUUCUGUAGACGAGCAGGGGCUCAUGUAACAUCGGCAGUAAUAUAAUUUCCCUUCCCCUUCCCCUUUCAUCCCCCUUCUUGAAUUGCCACCUUAUCGUGGUGGAGGGGUUUGUGAGCUCAGACGAUCCUGGGAGCUGAGUUGUCUGGAGCGUUCAGCUCCUGGUAGGGUCUCCCAUGACAAACAGUUCCCAGGUGAUGAGCCAGACUAAGAGCAAUUCAAAAAAACAUUGUCCUGUUUGUACCAAUCAUGUGGACAACAGCUAAAUCUGAUUUAGCGACUUAGUGUUACCUAAGACAUGAUUGCGUAUUAUAAAAACCUGUGAUAAUGAAAGGACAAUAUGUAACUGUUAAAUGUAAUAAAAUGAGUUAGACUUGAAACACGAGACCACAGAGUUCUGUGUGAACACACCAACAUGUUGGCUGGUGUGGACCAGGUAAAGACAACAUGUACUCAUACAAAUAUCAAAGAUGAGUAGCUCAAUUACAUUUUAUGCAAAGGACAAGUACUCCAGCUGGCUUCUGUUGUUACCUGGUGUUACUUAAAUAUAAUUGUAUUGACAGUAUUUGAAUUUACUGACACAACUUCUUUUUUUACUGUUUACACGUCAAAUCUGUAUCAGGUAUCCUGUAAAUUCAGCUGUCAUAAUAACAGCACUGAAGGUAAAACAGCUUUCUAUAGACUGGGACACUUCAGGCUAAAUUAUGUGUUCACUGCAUCUAAAAAACAAUAAUGAUGCUAAUGGUUA